AGAAUCCUAAACCCAUUCGUCAUAACCUGUCCAUCACCAAGAGGUCUGAGUUGGGUAUUCUUUCAAAUAGUUACAAGUUAUCAACUAACUACCUACUAUUACUUACUACUAUACCGGCGACCCCCGGUCUUUUUAUUUUAUUUUAUUUUUUCCAUUCCUAGACUCUAUAUCCUACUAUAGUCUCUUACCAUAUUUCACAUAUGAAGAGUUAGAUAACCACCUAACCCAAGGUACCUAAGCUAGGUAGUUAUCGUCUUAAAACGUCACUGUUUGCUCGGCUACCAAACCACAUCAGUAGUACGAACCCCACGGCAAACAAAAGGUCUCAACAUUCUCGUGUGCUGUGCUUCCCGAAGUUCGUUCGAACCGCACGACUGAGGAAGGGUAUUCGGCGUGCCGAAGGAAAAAAAGAAAGAAAAGCUAUUAAUAAUAAGUAGAUGAGUUGAUUGAUUAGGUUUCAUGCGCUUUCUCGAUACAAUUGCUUCCAGCCAGACGAGAGAGACAUUAUUAUUACCACCACCACCAUGGCCUCAGUCGCGUCCGCCUCCCCAUCUUCUAAGCACAGCUUUCCCCACAUGGAAUCGGGCGAUGAAUCAGACGGCUCCUGGCAGCGCGUAGGCUCUUCUUCUUACUCGGCCUCCGUUGGCUUUAUGCCCAGCCCCUCCAGCUCCAGCAUGCAAAGUUGGGGGGUCAUCGGGAUGAACCCCAACCAGAUCCAAGCUUCGCCCGUUGCCAUGUCCCCCCUCCUGUUAGAACAACUGGAACCCGAUCGUACCAUGCCCUCCGGCUCCUACCCCGACCACGCUACUGACGUCUCCGUCAUGGCGACCGCAGGCAUGCAGAGUCAGUUGCUGUCCAGCUUUGGCGACCAGCAAUUCAUGGCUAGUGAUCAGGAACUGGUGUUUAACGAGCCGUUCACGAAUAUAGAUAUGGGCCAAUACUACGCUUCGUUCCCGGGUAACAUGUCCGCCGACAUGGCGGGGAUUGGCGGUUUCGAGAUGGCGACCCAGUCGGUUGAUCUCAACAUCCCACCUCAGUUCCAAAACGACAACAACGUACCCCCGUGGGCGCCCAUGAACCUGAAGAAUGAAGGGGUUUCGCCGGUAGCGCGCGACGAGGCCAUCAGCAUGACGUCGCAGUCCCCGGAGCAGCGGUCUCCAACGCAUAGCUCGCUCCAGUCGAGCCCGAGGUCUCCGUAUGUCAAAGCGGAGCCCAGUAAGGGCGCAAGCCCCAUACGGAAAGUCAAGAAUGGAUACAAGGUUGAGAAGAGGAAGUCGGAAGCGUCGAGCAAAUUCGUCAUCAUGACGCCGAACCUCAUCCACCAACAGUCGGGAAAGCCGAAUCCAUUCGAAUGCUUCGAGGCUAUGCGGACUACUCAGAGAGGCAGGAAGGGGCCCCUAGCACACGAAACUAAGGAGAGCGCCCUGCAGGUUCGGAGAUUGGGGGCUUGUUUCUGUUGUCACAGUCGCAAGGUGAAGUGUGACAAGGAGCGGCCGUGUAAGAACUGCAAGAAGCUCACGGCUCAAGUCCCGCAAAUAAUGUGCUGGCAAUUUGGAGACUUUUUGCCCGUGUUGUUCCCGGAGUUCAUGCGAGUCCACUUCAAGAAGGAGCAGAUCGCCAGCUUCAUCAGCGAGAAUGUCGAGAACUUCAAGCCCAACAACGCCGAGGUGACAUGCUCCGUCGAGCUCUUCUCCGGCUCCAACUUCCGCUCGACGCUCACCAUCCCCGCUAGCUUCUUCACGGCCAAGUCCGCCGAGAUCCUCCAGCACUGGCACGUGAACAUGGGCGCGAACCAGCACAUGAACCUGCAGUCGAGAGGCGCCGCUCCGAUCGGUAUCGACCCCGACAACGCGACCCAGAGGGAAGAGCUGAAGAAGCGCGCUCGCGAAUAUAUCCAAAACCUGACAGCCGAGCCCAAAUAUGCCCAGCAGGUAACGGAUUCCAUUCGCUCAACACAGAUACCGCGAAAGAUCUUGUCGAUCGUCCAGCGCUUCGCACAGCAUUCUGAGCCUUCGCAAGUGACGCUUGUAAAACGCGCACUCAGCAUCUACGUCACGCACUACGUACUCACACGACAGCUAUGCCUAACAGAAGCGACGAUCGUGAGCCUGCAGGACACGAACAUGGUGCCGCGGGGGAACCCGUGGCUGACGUCGCGGGUGCUGAACCGGCAGGUGAAAGCGGUGCUGGACGAGAUGCUCCUGAAGGAGAUGCAAUCGCUGUUCGAGGGGUUCUCGAAGUCGCUGAAGCCGAAGCUGCGGCGGGAGUGGGCGCCGUGCCUGGCGGCCUUCCUGGUGCUGUGCCUGUUCAUGGAGACGGUCGAGACCGCCGCCGACACCUUCGUCAUCUCCCAGAACGAGAUCGCCUUCCGCAACCGCUCCCGCCCCGAGUACCAGCGCGACUUCGCCCUCGCCCUGUGCCGCGAAAUCGACAACCUCCCCUUCAAGCAGUUCGCCUACCAGUUCCACCAGGUCUACCAGACGCACACCCGCGACACCGGCGCCAAGGCCUUCAAUCCGCUUGCUGAUGCCGGUUUCUCCCAGAUGGACGAGCUCGAGCCUCCGGCUGCGCAGAUGGUGUCUGAGUUGAGGGAGUUGCUCCAGGGAGACGGAUGGGCCGAGCUCGACUUCCUUGUCGCAGACCCCAUCCUGCCUAACCACGAAGGGCACCCGUUCCCGCGCGACGUCUCGCUGAACUACACGGGCCGCCUGGUCGCGCGAUUCCUGCUGUCGUUCACCGAGGAGAGGUACCUGUUCGACGGCCAAUACUAGGGCUGCUGCUAGCUCCUAGCUCCUGGUUGGCUCUCUAUAUUCUGUGUAUAUAUGCAUACAUAUUUUCGCCGUAUAAAUCACCGGGCGAGUUUAUCUGUGUUUAUGGUGGCAGCGGGGAUGGUGGCGAUGAUUAGAAAAACCGGAGCAACGGGAACGGUCGGGAAAUCGGAAGUAUGUGUGUAUGUGUGUGUAAUUGUAUACCCUGGGAUGACGAGACUAUGUACGAGAAUAUAUAGGACUGCGUGAGAACUAGAGUCACAAGACGUCAUGAGGGCUCUGGGAUGGAUAUUAUUAUCGUUUACAUCUAAGGGGCAUAGUUCUUUAGAUUUAGGUACAGGCGUUGAAUUCAAGUUGCACUUUUCAUAAACAACCACCUGCCUGUUAAUCGCAAAGGAGAUAGAUGCAUAUGAGCUUUAACAUGCCUCUUUGUAUACG